CCAACUCGGACCGUGUGGCAAGCAGACCUGCGGCCACCUUAUCUCCUUUUUUCUUUCCUAGUCCUCAAAUUCCCAUCUCAAAACACAAUAUCAUGGAUCCAAAAGCCAUUAAGGAGGAACUGCGGCUAUUCCAGAGCACCUUGCUUCAGGAUGGAUUGAAGGAACUCUUGAAUGAGAACAAGUUUGUGGACUGCACUUUGAAAAUCGGUGACCGCUGCUUUCCUUGCCACCGCUUGAUCAUGGCCGCCUGCAGCCCCUACUUCAGAGAGCUGUUCUUCUCGGAGGACGGCAAGGAGAAGGAAAGUGGCAAGGAAGUGGUUCUGGAUGAUGUAGAUCCCACCAUCAUGGAUAUGAUCAUCCAAUACUUGUACUCUGCUGAGAUUGACUUGACGGACGACAACGUUCAGGAGAUAUUUGCUGUGGCGAACCGUUUCCAGAUACCCUCAGUGUUUACAGUAUGCGUGAAUUAUCUCCAGAAGAAGCUGUCCUUGUCCAAUUGUCUUGCCGUCUUCAGGCUUGGCCUGGUCCUCAGCGUUCCCAGACUUGCCAUAGCAGCACGUGACUACAUUGCAGACCGCUUUGAAACUGUGGCUGCUGAGGAGGAGUUCCUUCAGCUGGCACCCCAUGAGCUCUUGGCCCUGAUUGGUGGAGACACGCUCAACGUGGAAAAAGAGGAAGUCGUGUUCGAGUCAGUGAUGAAGUGGGUGCGCAGCGACAAGGCAAAGCGUGCCAAGAGUCUAGGGGAAGCGUUUGAGUGCAUCCGCUUCCGUCUGCUUCCUGAAAAGUACUUCCGGGAGAAAGUUGAGACUGAUGACAUCAUCAAGGCUGAUCCAGAACUCUUGAAGAAGCUGCAAGUCAUCAAAGAUGCCUUUGGAGGAAAACUCCCUGAGAAGAAGAUGGAGAAGAAGGAAGGUGAGGUAAAUGGUGAGGCCGGAGGAGAAGAAGAGGAGUUGUUGCCAGGGUACUUGAAUGAUAACCGUAGAUUGGGGAUGUACGGACGAGAUCUGAUCGUCAUGAUCAAUGAAACAGCAGCAGUGGCAUACGAUGUGGGUGAGAACGAGUGUUUUCUGGCUGCAGUGUCAGAGCAGGUGCCAAAGAACCAUGUGAGUCUUUGCACCAAGAAGAACCAGCUUUAUAUCGUCGGUGGCCUGUUUGUUGAUGAAGAAAGCAAAGAGUCUCCUCUGCAGUGCUACUUCUACCAGCUGGACACUCUUGCGGCUGAAUGGAGGGCCAUGCUGCCUAUGCCCAGCCCCCGAUGCCUGUUCAGUUUGGGUGAAUGUGAGAACCUGCUAUUCGCCAUAGCUGGCAAAGACCUGCAGACCAACGAGUCUCUUGAUUCAGUCAUGUGCUACGACACUGAAAGGAUGAAAUGGAGUGAGACCAAGAAACUUCCUCUGCAUAUUCACGGCCAUGCAGUUGUCUCACAUAACAACCUUGUGUACUGCAUUGGAGGAAAGACAGACGACAACAAAGCUAUCAGUAAAAUGUUUGUGUACAACCACAAGCAGUCAGAAUGGCGCGAACUGGCAGCUAUGAAGACGUCCAGAGCGAUGUUUGGUGCUGCAGUUCAUAAGGGAAAAAUUAUCGUAACUGGAGGAGUGAAUGAAGAUGGUCUUACCGCUUUAUCUGAAGUCUAUGAUUUUGGAACAAACAAGUGGGACACAUUCACAGAGUUUCCUCAGGAGCGCAGCUCUGUGAAUCUCGUGAGCACUGGUGGAAAACUCUAUGCAGUCGGUGGAUUUGCAAUUGUAGAGCUGGAGGACAAAAACAUUGGACCCUCCGAGAUCACUGACGUCUGGCAGUAUGAAGAGGACAAGAAGUCAUGGAGUGGUAUGUUAAGAGAGAUGCGCUACGCCUCUGGCUCCUCCUGCGUUGGCAUGCAUCUAAAUGCUGCUAGAAUGCCCAAACUCUAAAGGAUGCCACUCUCUCCAUGAGAAGCUAAGGGAACUAAAAGCUAAGCUGAGACAAAGAUUCUGGGUUUCCUUGGGGUUUUUACUUUUACAUUUUAGACACAACACAAUUGUUAUGAAAUGUGUGUGUAAAGUUUUGUAUUGGUAAUAAUAUAAUAGAAAUAAACUCAAGUUCUCUAUAACUAGGUAAUGUAUGUGCAAUUUAAACCAUACCAACUUAAUUUUGGCUUACUUGUGGCUUUAUCUAGCAGAAAGUUUAUUUCCUUGAAAGCUGCAAAACAAAGAGCUGUGUGCUGUGGAAGUUAUUGUGGUAUUGGAGUUAUUGAAUGUAUUUCCUACCUGGAUAAAUGUGAAUGCAUGUGAAUUUGAGUGUUUGCAACAGCAGGAUAGUUCAUGUGAAAGUGAACAUUCUGUCAUAAUGUCCAUGCUGCUUUUUUCCAUACAGUGAAAGCAUACAAUGACCAGUGGUUAUAAAUUCCCCAAAACAUCAAAAAGUACCAAAAUGUGCACUCUCUUGUGCAUCUUGCAGAUUAUGCUGCAAUGGAUCUGAAUCAUCGCUGGAUCUUCUGAUGAUGAUGAUGAUGAUGAUGAUGAUGCAGAUAGGGACUAGUUAAGAAGGAUGGCUUCUUUUUCUUCUCAUGAGCAUAGCCAUCACUAGACAGAACAAAAACAACAUGCUCAACCAAAUGCAAAUGGAUUUGUGUAUUACUAGACUGAUGGUGACUGUUGGUGCAAUUUUUCACCACUUUUUCACAGUUAUAAAUAAUGUCCCCAAAAGCCAGUCACCCCAAUUGUUGGGCACUUUCGAAUGCAAUUGAUAUGCUCAAUAGCUCAGACACACUGAAACCAUGUCCUGUAAGGAGAAGCUGCUUGACUGAAUCACUGUGUGAUUUCUUUAUAUUACAAAUAAAAAUAAAUGCAAUGAAUGGGGAGCAGCUCAGGUUUUGAAUUGUUGACAAAAAUAAAUGCAUCAUACACUGUUUUCUAUGUUAUGGCUCAACAAAUCCAAACACUAAAGUUAGAUUCAGUGGAGUCAAGUGUAUUUAGCAUUUAUUUAAAUAACCUUUAAAAGCUGCUCACGUCCAAUGGUUGAUGAAAUACUUAUCUGUCAUAGAAAGCAACAUUAAAACAAAGAGUUCACUACUUUGGCAAAACAACUCUAUUAUGCCCAAUUGAGAGAAACUAGACAAAUUCAAGUUAACAGAAUACAAACCAAGGAAUUAUUAUUAUCGUUAUUAUUUAUGUUGUAGUGUUUUAUGAGGUUCACUGUUAAAAUAUAUAUAUAUAUAUAUAUAUAUAUAUAUAUAUUUACAGUAAAACACCGGCAGUUGUGGUUACCAUAAAUUUACCAUAAAAAUAAGGUGACCAAGUUUAGGGAUUUAUGGGAUGUAAUUUUGAUGUCUGUAGAUUUUGCUGUUCACUACCGUUUAUAUAAUUAAAUGAUGUAAACUUUGUG